CUCUCCCUUGAACAGCUCCUAGAGAGAACAAGGCGUGCGGAGCUCAGAUCACCAGCAUCAUGCUCCUUGGGCUUGGAUCGUAGAUCCCCCUCUUUGAACAUUAAAAUAACUACUUCGUCUAUCAGCGUCCCAGACAGACCCAGAGAGAAAACGCGCGCAAGAGAGAAAAGAAAAAGGAGGAAGAGAAAAAUCUGCAACCGAGGGGACUAAAGCAAAGAGAGAGAGUGUGCUUUGCUUGCCCAGCUGCAAAGUGGGAAUUUAAAGAACUGCAGAGAGAGAAAUUCCAGCUCUUCAGCACAUACAUUGCAGACUUACAGAUCCAGGUAGAAAUGACAUCAACAGGGAAAGAAGGCAGCGGCGCUCAACAUGCACAAUAUGUUGGACCCUAUCGUUUGGAGAAAACCCUAGGAAAAGGACAGACAGGGCUUGUGAAGUUGGGGGUUCACUGUGUCACAUGUCAAAAGGUCGCCAUAAAAAUUGUCAACAGAGAGAAGCUCAGCGAGUCGGUGCUAAUGAAGGUGGAGCGGGAAAUAGCCAUCCUGAAGUUGAUAGAACAUCCCCACGUUUUAAAGCUGCAUGAUGUUUACGAAAAUAAAAAAUAUUUGUAUUUGGUGCUAGAACAUGUGUCAGGUGGGGAGCUCUUCGACUAUCUUGUAAAAAAGGGAAGAUUAACACCAAAAGAAGCCAGGAAGUUCUUCCGACAAAUCAUCUCUGCUUUAGACUUCUGCCAUAGUCAUUCAAUAUGCCACAGGGACUUAAAACCAGAAAACCUACUGUUGGAUGAGAAGAACAACAUCCGGAUAGCAGACUUUGGGAUGGCGUCACUGCAGGUUGGGGACAGCUUGUUAGAAACCAGUUGUGGAUCACCACAUUAUGCCUGCCCUGAAGUAAUCCGGGGAGAAAAAUAUGAUGGAAGGAAAGCAGACGUCUGGAGCUGUGGAGUCAUUUUAUUUGCGUUGCUAGUGGGUGCCCUGCCAUUCGAUGACGACAACUUGCGGCAACUGUUGGAGAAGGUGAAACGUGGAGUGUUCCACAUGCCACAUUUUAUCCCCCCAGACUGUCAGAACCUCUUGCGGGGGAUGAUUGAAGUGGAUGCCUCGAAACGUCUCACGCUAGAACAUAUUCAGAAACACAUAUGGUAUAUAGGGGGUAAGAAUGAGCCAGAACCAGAGCAACCAAUCCCUCGAAAGGUGCAGAUUCGUUCUCUCCCUUCCCUGGAGGAUAUUGAUCCCGACGUGUUAGAUAGCAUGCACUCGUUAGGCUGCUUCCGUGACCGAAAUAAACUCUUACAGGACUUGUUGUCGGAAGAAGAGAACCAAGAAAAAAUGAUUUAUUUUCUUCUGCUUGACCGGAAGGAGAGGUAUCCCAGUCAUGAAGAUGAGGAUCUUCCCCCUAGGAAUGAAAUAGAUCCCCCCAGGAAGCGUGUGGACUCCCCGAUGCUGAACAGGCAUGGGAAGCGGCGGCCAGAAAGGAAGUCAAUGGAGGUUCUCAGUGUGACAGAUGGCGGCUCCCCAGUCCCUGCUCGCAGAGCUAUUGAAAUGGCACAGCAUGGACAGAGUAAAACAAUGUUCAGUAAAAGCCUGGAUAUCUCUGAAGCCAAUCCCAAAUUCAACAAAGAAGAAAGGAUGGCGAGUGCUGAUCCAUUGGGGUCUCGGUCAAUCAGCGGAGCUUCGUCUGGGCUCUCCACCAGUCCUCUCAGCAGUCCAAGGCCUAUCAGAAAGUUCUUCAUCCCCCCUCAGACCUCCGACCUCCCUUUCUCUCCCCGACCCCAAGUCUCCUUGGACCCUGAUGCUUGUAGGAACGCCUCCAGGCCUGGACAUGUACUCCAACCAAAGCCAGCACUUCAGCCCAACCCAAAGACGCAGACUUUGCCAUCCAAGAGCAAAUUGGCUGAAAAACCACUCCAGUCUACUAAAUCCAACCCACUCCCUGCCAGCAAUAUCAGCGCUCCCUCUUCCCAGAACACCCCUGUGCAGAAUGCUCAGGGCCGCUCGCCUGCUGCCGGCUUUAACCCACAGCUGGCCGUUCCUAAAGUGCAGACCAACCCUAUGUCUCCUGUUAGGUUACUCCCUUCUAGUACUGACCCAAGCACCAAAUCUAUCCCCAUCAUACAGGUCACCCCUCACCCCUCUCCAAGGGGAAGUCCCCUCCCUACCCCCAAGGGGACACCUGUCCAUACGCCAAAGGAGAGCCCAGCAGGCACACCCAACCCAACACCACCGUCCAGCCCCAGCAUUGGAGGAAUGCCAUGGAGGACACGGCUCAACUCAAUCAAGAAUAGUUUCCUGGGGUCUCCUCGGUUCCAUCGCCGGAAAUUGCAAGUACCUACACCAGAGGAGAUGUCCAAUUUAACCCCGGAAUCAUCCCCAGAGCUUGCCAAAAAAUCCUGGUUUGGUAACUUCAUCAACCUGGAGAAAGAAGAACAGAUUUUUGUGGUCAUUAAGGACAAACCACUAAGCUCCAUUAAGGCAGAUAUUGUCCACGCUUUCCUCUCGAUUCCAAGCCUCAGUCACAGUGUCAUCUCACAGACAAGCUUCCGUGCAGAAUAUAAGUCCACAGGAGGUCCCGCUGUCUUCCAGAAGCCAGUGAAGUUCCAGGUGGACAUAACAUACACAGAAGGGGGAGAGGCGCAGAAGGAGAACGGGAUCUAUUCUGUCACUUUCACACUCUUAUCAGGUCCAAGCCGUCGUUUUAAGAGGGUAGUAGAAACCAUUCAGGCACAGUUGUUAAGCACACAUGACCAGCCUUCAGUGCAGCAGUUAUCAGACACCACUAACUGUAUGGAGUUGAUGACUGGCAGACUUUCCAAAUGUGGCAGCCCAUUGAGUAACUUCUUUGACGUAAUUAAACAACUUUUUUCAGACGAGAAGAACGGGCAGGAAUUAUCCCGAAAAGUUAACAUGUCAGCCACGGCUUCACCUUCUGUGCUCUGCGGACACUUGUUGACGGAAGGCAACCGAUGUAGACUGUCCAAGGACCAGUCCUGUUUGAGGUUCCCAGCCUCCCCUCUCCCUUCAGGAAGUGGGUUUCUCCCCCACUUCUCCCCAGACACCUCCCCAAUGCACGCUUUUUUCUUUUUUUUGGCUUUUUUCUUUUUUGGUGUUCCACGAGAGAGAUCUGCUCAGUUAUGGGAUUGCACAGUCUGGGCUGAAAGGAGGUUGCAAAUUGUUGGCGUGAAACCUCUGCCCUGGGCAACUUCUGUCCGUGCAGGUGAACUCAGCCCGGUGGGGAAGGGUGCGGGGGCAGGAGAUGGGUGUAGCGGGAGCGCAGUGUUCGUGAAUCCAGAGCGCAUUCUCAUCAGAAACCAGCCAGGAGCAACUCCAAACUAAGCGUUGAACCAAGACAAUAUUGGGGAGCUUCAUCACAGGAUUUUCUUAAACUUCUUUUUCUCCCCACCACCUUUUCCUUUUCUUUUCCCCCCUUUUCUUAUAUAUACAUAUAUAUAUUUAUAUUUAUGUAUAAGUAUACAUAUAUACAUAUAUAUAUAUAUAUAAAAAAAUAGUUUGGUUUUUUUUUUUUAACUGUAUCAUUUUGCUUUUUGACCUGCUGGAAGGGGAAAGGAAUAAACUUAGGAGGGAGAGGGGGUUAAAUGAAUAAACACAUACAAACAAACAUUAAAACUUAGGGAAAAGGCAACUUCUGGUAGCAAAGAAGAGGGACAAGAUUCUGCCGAGGACUGUCUCUCCCGCCGCCAGGCACAGUUGCCGCUGCUGCUACUGCUGCUCCUCCUUCGACACCUUCCUCCCCAUCUGUCAACUCCCUGCCACUGUGCCACCGCGCUGGGACCUUCUUCCACCAGCUGGAUCCUCCACCACACCCUGCAUUUAGAUGCAAUUGUUGUGUUGCUAGUGCUGCAUUGAUAUCAGUAUUAUUUCUUUAAGUUAACAAUUUCAUUUGUUGGCUUGGGUGAUUUUUUCUACAAAAAAAAAAAAAAGAAGAUUAAGAGGAGGAAGAAAAGAGACUUAUCUUGGGUUUUAUUUCCUGUGUGUGUGUGUGUGCAAAUCACUGGCACUUAAGUUCAUCUGAGCAAGACAAGGUGGAGUCAGGGCAAUGGGAGACUUAAUCACGAAGCUACUGUAAACUUUAAAAAUUACUGCAAGAUAUUUUUAUAAAGUUUUUUUUUGAAAGGGGGAGGAGGGUGGGAUUGGUUGGAUGGGGACCUUUUUUUGUGUUUCAGUUAUUAGGUCUUGGUUAUUUAUAUAUACAUAUAUAUAUAUUUAAAAAAAUAAGCUGUUAGAUAUAUCUUCUGUUUAAUAAUUGUGUAGAGGCAACAUUGAUUCUUAUUUAUUUUGGGGAGGAGGGGGAAAAAAGACACAGAAGCUCCUUAAGUGUUCAUCUUGUGACUUUGAGAAAGAAGAAUUGUCGCCUUUUUUCCUCCUCCUCAAGAGUUACGUGACCAAAUGUAACUUAUUCUGGCCCAAGCUCAAAGGUUAAUCAAACAAAAAAACGUGGUUUUACGCGUGGAAGACAAACACACAAUGAGAAGUACUUCUUGACUGAGAUUUUAAGAAUGUAGGCUUAGCAUUAGUGUUCAGCUCUUUUAUGACCUUCAAUUGCUGCUCGUUGGGUUCCUAUGGGUGUAUGUUGUAUCGCAAGAUUAUUUUUUUUUUAAUGAUAAUGUUGGAUGAGUUCUCUUUUUUGUUGUUGUUGUCGUUGUUGUUUUUUUUCAUCAUUUUUCCCCUUCUUGGACCAGUUUUACUUGUACAUAGGUUUGAAGAUUAAAAAGAAUUUUUAAAGACACAACUGGGGCAAAGACCUUUGACUUUUGCCCUGUUUCCCCAUUCCCCCAAAUGGGAGGGAUUUAUUUUAUUUUUUGUUUUUAUUUAUUUAUUUAUUUUCCCUAUUCUUGAACUUUUCUCUCGUAUUGCUGUGUGCAUGUCAGACACCAGGGAGUGAUGGCUGGGGAGGGGGGGAGGCAAGGGUGCAGGAGAGGGGGGCAGUUUUAAUUGCAUGACAUUGCUGUAAAUUAGUCUCUUUUGCUUUCGUUGUCUUUCCUGCCUCCGCCCUCUCUCUACUUCUCCUCCAAGCUCCCCUCCCAUCACCCCCGUCCUUCUUUUCCCUCUUUUCUCUUCCCUUGUGUAUAGAUUUUGAUGCUUCUGUUACAUUGUACCUCUACAAAAGGCUGGGAUUUCAAUACAAAAUAAUAAUAAUAAUUAAAAAAUACCUAUAUCAGCAAAACCCAUGUGGUACAAGCAGGAAGGGGAUUACUUACACAAGAUAUAAGAAUAAAUGAAAGCAAUACCUCUUGUUAUCCUUCCUAUUUUGUACUUUGAAGACACACACGCGCGCACACACACAUAUACAGACACAAACUGACAUUAUUUAACGGUUUAAAAUGGACAAAGAAAUCUGAUGUAUCCCUUGUUAAAUAACUGUGAGCAACUUUAGUUCAAAAACCAAUAAAUUCAUUCAGUAAAGAUA